ACCUAAGAGCAGACUUCUGCCCCCUCAUACACCAGUUCAAAAUGCCUGCAGAUUACAAUGGACGGUGGGAGAUGGUGAGCAACGACAACUUUGAGGAAGUCAUGAAGGCCCUCGACAUUGACUUUGCCACCAGAAAGAUAGCCUCCCACCUGCAUCAGACAAAAAUGAUUGUCCAGACUGGAGACAAGUUUGAAACAAAGACCCUGAGCACCUUCAGAAACUACGAGGUCAACUUCACCGUGGGAGUGGAGUUUGAGGAGCACACAAAGGGGCUGGACAACCGGAAGGUCAAGACACUGGUUACCUGGGACGGAGACAAGCUGGUGUGUGUUCAGAAGGGGGAGAAAGAAAAUCGUGGCUGGACGCAGUGGAUCGAGGGAGACAUGCUACACCUGGAAAUCACUGUGCUCGACAAAGUCUGCCACCAAGUAUUUAAGAAGGGCCAGUAAGAUGGGAACGACCCUUAUCUGCACAACAAUGUCUGAAAAAACCUUUAUGAAAAUAACUUUUUGUCAUAUUUGCUAAAACUUUCACUUGACAUUGACAGUACUACAUUACAUAUUACAACAAUUAUCUGCGAAAAAAUCAGGUUUCUCUGGCUCAUCCUAGUGGUCCUGAUGGUAUUUGCAAUAAACCACCAGGCCUGAACGAAAACAACCAAUCAGAGCCAAGAAGAUUGCUGAUUGUUGAGUCUCACUCCAAGAGCGUCAACUUUGGGACCCUGGAAAACUCAACAAUCCAUUUUUCAUUCUCCAACCCAUUUUCAUUCUCUUUAUAUCUUUCUUGGCUCUGAUUGGUUGUUUUCAUUCAGGCCCGGUG